CCCAGCGUGCUUGCCCUCCGUACUGGACGCCUGUGCUUUCAGUAGCCAUUCAUAGGCACUUUCACAUUUUGGAUGCCUCUGGUCUUUUCCCGGAGCUACAGUCGGUAAAAGGUGUCGGACACAGUGUUAGCAGCAGCAAUAAAGCCAUGAAGACCGUUACUUGGAUGUUUCUCAUCAUACCUCUAAUAUUUGCAUCCCAAGAGACUCUUUAUCUGAAGAAGCUCGAAGGGGAAUCUGCGCUUUUCGUGUGUGCGUCUGAAGAGACGGGCAGCCAUCCAAUUGGCUUGUACCUGAAACGCGAGUGCACAGGGCCCGAGAGAGAGGUGAUGUUUUUCUCGGAGUCCGGACCAGAGGGGAAGCCUGAAGACAAAGAGCGCAUCCAGGUGCUGGGAGAUCUGAGCACGAUCCCCGUAAAUGUGACCAUCUCGCAGCUGGAGCGCCGAGACUCCGGCUUGUACUUCUGCGAAUUCGUCUACGCCGGCGAAAGUGAGGACAGAGUCAUCAGAGGAAAGGAAGAAUUCUUUCUGUUUGUCGACACAGUGAAGAUUCACGAAGGCCUCCAGUGCGGCUGUCAGAAUUACCCCCCUCUGUUGUAUGCCAUCUCUGCGGCUGUCGGCCUGCUCCUCCUCAUCCUCCUCGGCCUGGCCGCGUCGCACUGCGGUAAGCAGUGCAAGCGUAGCAAACCGCAAAAACCGGCUCCCAUAUACGAAGAAAUGAAUGCGAGGCAGCCUGCUAACGGAAAAGCCCCCCGUCGCCACCUGGACCCCGCGUAUCCGGAGGAAGCAGACGCCUCCGUGUACAUCAACCCUCAAAUCAAGCACCGGCAGGAAAACCACUACGUGAACCCCCGGGAAAAACAGCCGGAUUCGGGAGCCGGUGCCACCGCAACGGAGGACAGCCAGUAAAGAGCGACCGCGGACCGUUUCGGCUGCCCAAAUGACAUCACAGCAGCUGCCCUCUCAGGUGCCCUCUCCUCCCGGCCAUAAAACAGACGAGCUGGUUCACCCUCCUGACUGAACUGGGUCACAAGCAAAGCACUGUGGGCGACGCCAUCCAGAUCGUAUUUACAGAGGCGGAGUGGGAAAAAAAAUAGAUUCAGCUUUCAUUCUGGCUCCCGUGUGUCACCCGGUGCUGCUCAGCAGCUCAAUCGAGAUGACUGUUCAGAAGUGGCAGGCUUGACUAAAAUGCUUAGCUUGAAAAAUACGCAUAAAGUUGUGAUGCUUUUUUAACAAAAAAUGAAAAAAGAAAUUAAUGGGAAAAAAUGUGUGGAAAUGCGCAAAAGAAAAGUAGUUUGAUCCCCAUUGCAUUUUGUAUAAAGGUUAGGCUAAUGUAAAUUGUAAGCAUUAGGGUUUAGGAGUCAGGAAAAGGGUGAUACAGAAAAAUUGUAUCAGUAUUGGGGUCUUAUUGAAUUUUAUUUUUUCAGUUAAAUUUAUUUUUCAUGAUAAAUUAGUUACAUUUCCUUGCUAUUCUGUUGUUGAAUUUUAUUUAGAUUGUGUUGUAGACCCUUUAUUUUUAAUAAAAAUGUGACUCAGGUUGGAAUUAGAGUUUGUUUUAGAAUUACAUUUAAGAGUUAGCGUUAGAGUAAGGCUAGUGAUAAGGGUAGCACAAAAUGUAUGGUCUUAGUAGCUCUUAAUAAAGGAAACACUGGUCACACCACA